GGCUCCGUCACCAACAGCACACCGUCAGAAGCGCAGCAUAUUCUGCUGAAAACGAGCUAGGAUAGUCGGGAAUCGCACAUCCAGGAGUGGAUCCCGUUAUGGGGGACAUGAAGACCCCAGAUUUUGAUGACCUAUUGGCAGCGUUUGAUAUCCCUGACAUCGAUGCCAAAGAGGCCAUACAGUCUGCGCCGGAUGAGGCCGAGGGCCCCCAUGGACCGGCCGGUGCGCCCCUGGGAAAGCAGGAAGGCGUGGUGGGUGUUGGGUCCUCCCUGAGGCCGCCCAGUCCCUCAGACCCCCAGGCGGACACUUCCAUCGUGAGCGUGAUCGUGAAGAACAAAGUCCGGCAUGAAGCUGUAGACGGCGGGGAUGGAGAUGCGGAGCAGCACCCCAUCGAUGUGAUCGCUGGGGCGGAUGCCGGUCCCCGACUCGGCGCCUGCGCCGAAUCUGAAGCGCUCAAUCACAACGGUUUUGGAGCUUCCGGUGUUUCCAUGCCUCUUUCCCUUGGGCAAAACCAGUCCAAUGGAGGGCCGUGGUCUGUGAACACUCCCAAAGCGUCCGCAGAAGCAGCCGGCGCCAGUACAGCCAAACCUCACAAGCAGGGCGGGAACAUUUUCAACAGACUCAAACCUCUGGUGGCGCAGGGGUCUGGAGAUCCGGUGGGUCGAGCCAGGAAAAUGCAGCUCCUCCAGCAGCAGCACCAGCAGCAGGACACGGGCCAAGAGAGGGCGGAUGCCGUCAAAGCCUCGCUUCCUUCAUCUUCCUCCGUGUCGGCCGGGUCGUCCUCUCCCGCCGGACUCGCCUUGCCGUUCUUUCCGCCGUCCAAGCCUCUGCUUUCAGCUCCUCCUUCUGCACCUUCAUCGCAGUCGCUACUCUCGUCUCAGCCUUUUAACGGUGCCCCUAAAGGCGGAGCUGGUGGAUUCCAGCACCAGGUGGAGGAAGACGAUUCCGACCCAGAUUUGGGGAGUCCUCUCAUAAUCCAGGAGAACCCAGACUCGCCGACUAUCGCGCAGAUGAGCAGGCGAUAUAAGUCUGAUUCUCUUUUGUCACAGCCUGCAUCGUCCGCCGCGUCCCAACCAAAACCUGGGGACACCCCUUCUGCGUCUGCUCCACAGUCCGGCUCAGUGGAGACUCCACAGGUGGAGGAGAGACAUCCAGAACAUGUAAUAGAGGAGAGAGAUUCACCUGAGAGCCCGGAGCCAGAGAUGCCAAAUUCAGCCGCUCAGGUCCCUGCAAAGCGGUGCUCCAGCCCCGCCGUGGCGUCCACUCCGCCUCCCCCUGAGCUGCGGGUGCCUAAAGAGGAAGAGGAAGAGAUGGAGGUGGGAAACGGCAUCGAUAAGGUCACGGAUGGCAAAUCGGACAAGGGAGAAAAUAUGGAGGUGGAUGAUGGAAAAGCUAAACCGUCUUCCACUGAUGGAGGAGAAACAGAAAGUGCUGCUCCUGCUCCCCCCGGAGCUCCAUCCCGGCCACUCAAAGUCAGGAUAAAAACCAUUAAAACCUCCACAGGUGGGAUUACCAGGACUGUGACCAGGGUGGCGUCAAAAGGCGGUGGAAAAGGCUUGGACCCAAAAGGUCAAACUGGGGAACACAGGCUUUUAUCAAACAAAACGCAAAAGGCAGACGUUUCCCCUGGCCUCAUGACAACGUCUUCCCAAAAAGUAAGUGCUCUGAAUGCUCUACCUGUUUCUACACUUGCAGCUAGCAGCGUCAUGCUCGCCGCUGCCACAAAGGUUCAAAACAAGAUGGCUUCUUCGGACAAGGCCAAGGUUUCGGCCACGGCUGUCAGCAUCACCAAGUCCGCCGCUCUGCCGGCGACGCCCGCGGUGGCUUCCUCCCCCAAGUUCUCUGUCGCUGCCAGCGGGAUAAGCGUUCGCACAGCCGCCAACAAAACAGCCAAUGGAGGCAGUGGCACAAUCUCGGGCAACGCCAUCCAGCCAAACAAGCCCGCCUCAAUAGUCAACAGCACUGGCGCCGUCAUCUCCCGCAGCCAGUCGAGUCUGGUGGAGGCUUUCAACAAAAUCCUAAACAGCAAAAACCUCCUGCCAAGCUACAAGCCCGACCUCUCUGCCCCUCCGCCACCCGAGUGGGGGCUCCCCGUGCCCGCCACGGGUUACCGCUGCCUUGAGUGUGGAGACGCAUUCGCUCUGGAGCGCAGCCUGGCACGGCACUACGACCGGCGGUCACUCCGCAUAGAGGUCACCUGCAACCACUGUGCCAAGAGGCUGGCCUUCUUCAACAAGUGCAGCCUGCUGCUGCACGCCAGGGAGCACAAGGAGCGUGGCCUGGUGAUGCAAUGCUCGCAUCUGGUCAUGAGGCCCGUCACUGUGGAGCAGAUGAUUGGCCAGCAGGAUAUAACGCCGAUUGGUGGCCUGCUCACUUCUUCGUCCUCUCCUCCAGUCUCCUCUCCCUCUGCCACAUCAGGGGGUGCUGCUGUCCCCGCUGGCUCUAGUCCCAUGAAGGACGCCUCGUCCCCAGCGGCAGCAGGUCCGAGUCGACCCGUCCGCCGUGCUCCUCAGGGGCCUCAGGCCUUGAUGCCGCUCCCCUGCAAGAAGGCUGAGGGGCUGCAGUACAACAACUUCAAGUGUCCAGAGUGUCAAACGCAAUUCUCCAGCAAGGCGGAGCUGGUCACUCACUUCCAGCAGAUCAGGGGUGCUCCCAGCUCGACCUGCAGCCAGUGCUCGCCUCCCAUGAUGCUCCCCAACUCAUGUGCCGUGUCCGCCCACCAGAGGAUCCACAAACACAAAGCGCCGCACGUUUGUCCUGAGUGUGGUGGGACGGCGCGCCAGGCCAGCUUCCAGACCCACCUGGAGGAGGCGUGUCUGCACUUCGCCAGGCGCAUCGGCUACAGGUGCUCAAGCUGCCAGGUUGUGUUUGGAGGCCUGAACUCCAUCAAGUCCCACAUUCAGACAGCUCACUGCGAGGUCUUCCACAAGUGCCCCAGCUGCCCCAUGGCUUUCAAGUCCUCCCCCAGCGCCCAGAACCACAUCAGCACCCAGCACCCAACACUAACUGGAGGACAGGCCAAGAUGAUCUACAAGUGUGUGAUGUGUGAUACGGUUUUUACCCAGAAGCCCCUGCUGUACAUGCACUUUGACACUCAUUUAGCCAAGCAGAAAGUGCAUGUGUUCAAGUGUCCCGACUGCACCAAGCUCUACGCCCAGAAGGGGUCCAUGAUGGAACACAUCAAGACGGCUCACAGAGGCCCAUCAGCCAAACCCGAGUCUCAGCCCGACGCCUCCAACUCCUCCUCAGCUCCCACCAACUCCUCCAGUCCUUCCGGCCUCAAGUCGAAGUCCUCCGCGAAGCCCGACACCUCGGACGGCGAGGACUGGGGGCGGGAACAGGAGGAGGAAGACGAGGAGGAGGACGACGACGACGAUGAAGGGGACGAGGACUACGAAGCCCCGGCGGGCCAGUCUUCUGGCAGCGCGGGGGUCGGCGGUCAUUCCAGCGCCGUGAGCGAGUGGACCUGCCCUCAGUGUCAGACCACCUUCACCGACAACGAAGACUACCUGAGUCACGUGAAGAUGGAGCACGGCAAGUUUCCCUGUCGUAUCUGCGGCGGGACGUUCAGCACUUCUUCCAGCCUGCGGCGUCACGAGCGAGUCAUUCAUGAGGGCAACAAAAGGAUCUUCCAUUGCCAGUUUUGCACAGAAGGCAAAAGAACAUUUGGUAGCCGGUUCUUGUUGGACAAACAUAUCCGACUCCAUCACAGAACAACAGACGGACAAGGUCCUCCUCUGACCAGGAAGCGAGCCGCUACAGGAGGAGACGGACCGGGCAGCUCCUCGGAGCUCGACGGCGAGGUCGGACCUCCUGCGAGCCGGGCAGCAGACGAGGAGGAGAGCGCCACAGAGGACGGCAGCGGCGGCGGCGUUGGCCCUGCAAAGAGAACCAGGGCGUCGGUGGCGUCCACGUCGUCGGCGCCUGGCGAGCUGGAGGACGAGGACAGCGUCUUCCGCUGCAUCCCCUGCGGCUUCUCCACGGAGGACGGCGCCGAGUUCCAGCGCCACAUCCCGCAGCACCGCGGCGACACCGCCGCCUUCCAGUGCCUGCAGUGCGGCGUCUGCUUCGCGUCGGCCGGCUCCCUCAGCAGGCACCGCUUCAUCACCCACCGGGUGCGAGACACGCAGAGCGACACGGAACGCGGCGCCCCGCGUGCCCCUGGCUCGCCGAGCGCCUCCCCCGGCGCCGCCUCGCCGCUGGCACACUUGGAGGACGGCGAUGGAAACCUGGGCUGCAAGGUGUGCGGGCGGCGCUUCGACAAGGCGACGGACCUCAACACGCACUUCAGGACCCACGGCAUGGCCUUCCUCACCGCACACAAGACGGACAAGCCCCAGUAGGGGGCGCAGCGCGGAGGCGGCUGCAGAACAUGAAUGUUGAUAAAACACCUUUUUUAGCUCACAGAAACAUUUUACUCUCUACGGCGCCUCCUCUAUGCGACUGUAGCUGCAUGUUUGAUCUUGUCACACCUGUGCUAGUCUCGUGAGAAGCUCUUCCUGGGUCAAAAGCCUUUGUACUGGACCCGAGUGAAGCUGGAGCUCCACCUUCAUAAAGUUGAAUGAAAUUGGUGUAAAAAGUUUGUGCUGCUAAGAUUUUUAAGAUAACGUUUCCAGAGGACCUCAAAGGUCAAUUUGCCCCCCUUUUAUUUACGAAAUAUGGUGUCAAUCAACCACUACAUUUGUGUUGCAAAGAAUUUCAUUUGUUCUAUUAUAAUUAAACAUUUUUUUAAAACGUUUCCAGAGAUCAAAAGUCAACAUUUACAAAAUCAAACAAAAUCUGGUGUUAAACUCUUUGUCUGUGGAGCAAACAAUGUUGUUUGUGCCGCCAUUUCCAGAUGUCAUCAGAGGUCACCUGAUUCCCCCACAUUUUAUUUUUGCCGUUAUAAUUUUCAAGGUUCAAAACAGAAAGUUACCAGAGGUCAAAAAGGUCAACCAGCCCCAGCCCAAAUAGUUACGAAAAAUAAAUCUGGUAUCAAUCAGUUGUGCUGUUUGUGCAGCAAGAAAUUCCGUGACAUCAUUUCAAUACAUUGUUUCCAGAGGUCAAAGGUCAACUGGCUCCCCCAACAUGUUCAAAAUCAAACAAAAUACGGCGUAACGUUUUGCUGCAGUUGUGCAGCAACAACUUUCAUUACAAUUUUUAAAAUAAAAUAGAAAAUAGUCGUUUCUAGAGGUCAAAGGUCAACCCACAUUAAGAAAAAACAGUUGAUUGACUCUUAAUUUGCUUAAUUAGACUUAAAUGUGGGGUAGUCGGUUGACCUUCGGUGACCUUUGGAGCAAGUUCAUAUCUCUGACAUAAUAGCAGCACAAGCGAAAACGUUUUCGCUGCACAAACCAAAGUUUCGUUUGGCUCUACGGAUGCGGGAGGCCGACUUCACUCAGGUUCUGUUUUCAUCAGCCGUUUUCGCCGGUCCUCCCAUUUCUUCCACUCUUCUUCACCGAAUGCGUCCACGCAUUUCGCCUGCACGCCAUGC